AUGGCGACUCCAAAAAUGGUCCCAGAAUUCCUGGUGGGACUCUGGCACCGUGAUUACAUCAAACGAGCCAACAAAAACAAGGAGGAUGGAAUCUUCGGGCCACCGCAGACCAACGUGCAAGUCUGGUACCUACAAACCCCCUUCGCCUUUAUCGACGUUCGUCGGGAACCUGGUACAACCAAAGAUGCCAUGGCGUUUGCGGGAGUGACCACUGUGGAACUUACGGAUCCACCGUUGGUGAAAUGGCAUGCCUGCUUGGAUUUGGAUCCCUUAUCAGAUUCUGCGGAACGAUGGGAACAAGCAGACAAGGCCACACCCAAACUAACCGAAGACGAAGGAUUCUUUACACGGCUCAAAGAAAAUCUCUAUCGAGAAACGGACCCAGCCAAAACUUUGGAGGAACAGUGGGCGAAACAACAUGACGGCAACAAACGCUUGUUGGCUGUGAGGCGUGAUACAUCCUUGUUCGUUGUCGUUGGGGACCACUUUGGGUAUGCGGCGCAAGGAGGAUCCAAUGGAAACGAUCAAGCAAGCCCUCAGUUUCUGGCUGGUCAUGUAGAGGAUUGGAAAGUAGCAAUUUCCCCAUCUCAUUUGGAGCUAGAAGGAUCUUCCUUUUCUCUUCCGGGGAAACAAGAUGAUUGGCAUCUGCUGCCGGGAUCUACUCUGGAAUUGGGAUCGUUGGAUAUCUUGUUUCGAUAA